UAAUCUUCGAUUAUAAUGACUGAAAUUCAAAUUUUGGCGCGUCAAUAGGAUCGAUAAACUAGGGUAUGGCAAUCACAGACUUACCUAUAGCCAGUUUAGUAGAUACACGUGAUUAUGUUUCGAUUCAAAAAUCUAUAGUGUUCCUCUAUAUUGAAAUCUAGAACAUAACCUAUAAAUCUUUUUCGCGUUUUUAGUGUCGAAUAAAAAAUUGUUGUCAUUACAUUUGAUAAAUAAAAAAAUUUCUCAAGUUUAUGAACAUGUUCCUGAUUCACUCUUUGUGGAAGUGUUAAUUAUUUUGAUAUUACUAAUCUCCAUUUAGUGGAAUAAUUUCAUUGAAACAUCAUGGCAUCAAUGAAGCAAUUUGAUCGAUGUUGUAAUCCUUUUGGGCUGGAGUCUCAUUGUAAAAAAAUUGGUUUGCGUCCAGCGACUGACAUUAUGAAAGAAAUGUUCGGAUUGAGUAAUUAUUAUUUAUUAUGCAGUUCAUGUCGAAAAGAAGCUUAUAAGGUAGUUAAACAACAAACAAAUACUCGUGAUGAUCCUAAUGUUGAUUCAAGUGAUCACGAAGGCAACUCUAAUGACAGUAAUAAAAACGAUGAUCAUUUUGAUAGCGAUAGUAAUACAACUGCCACAGAUCUACCAUUAUCAUUAUCAUUCCGUUCUAUGUCAUUUGAUAACGAACCAAAAAAUUUACAACCAAGCUCGGCAUCUUAAGUUAGCGCUGCAACUCGGUUACCUGUAAUAAAUCAUGCAUUACAGCUGUUAAAUCAAUCACCAAUCCCAUCAAGGAAAUUAAAUGACAAUCAAUUUUUAAACAACAAAAUAAAUCAGAUAUCUGACAGCUUGAAAAAGGUUUUACUCUCUUCAACUGAUGAAGACCCGGUCGAUGAUGAUGGUGAAAAUUUUCGCGCUUUAAUAAAAUUACUGCAAGACAAAUUUAACGAUAAAGAAACGGAAAAAUCAUUGAAAAUACAGAUUUUAACAUUAUUACCUGAACAAUGGAGUGAAAGACGUAUUUCUGAAACUAUGAAUACAUCAAGACAUAUGUCAAGGGUAGCAAAAGCGUUGGUUGAAGAAAAAGGUCUACUUUCAGUACCUGAAUCAAAAUUAGGUAUAUAUAGCAUUAAAUUGAUGUCUU